AUGGAUACAUUCAACAUUUCCAACACUACCAAUGGCUUGCUCAAGUUCCAUUUGCAAGAGGAACACAGAUCCACGAUGAACAAGCUUCAGAACCAGAAUCGUGCGACUUCAAACGAGUAUACGCACGUUUAUCAAGACUCCUUAAACGCGUUGUUGCAAACGAGACUUGACCGUGGCUCACUUUUCAUGAGCUCCCUACCUAGUCUAACUUCAGCUUUUACAGACCCAGAUCCAGAGGACGAAGAGGAAAUAGAUGAUGACGAUGAAGAAGAAGGAGGAGGAGAGCAGAAUAGUUUGGAUCGCUUCUUGAGUCGGGAAUCAAAAGACCCGAAUUUUUUAAACUUGAAAAUUCUUAUCGAAAACUCGUUACUCGACGCGAGCAGAUUGGAGGAAAACUCCAUCAUGUCGUUGGGCCACUUGGAAUUGGUUAAAAAGAGCAUCCUCGAAAAGUCGGAAUUGCAACACUAUUUAUACACCAAGCUAAAUCUCGCGCACGAGUUUGUCAAGAGCGUGCUAUUACCAUCGGAUUCAACGCCGCUGUCGGAUUCCUCAAGGGCAAUGAGCAUGAUAAUCUCCCUCCAAGAGCAACUUGGUCAGACAACGGCCGAGCUUGAAGAUUUGCAACAAAAGUUGAAUGACCACAACCUCUCGUGCUUGCUUUUGGGGUACAUCGAUGACGUUAGGAGGCACCAAAAAGCAAACGAGCUCAACGAACUCAACGAGUCUGCGUCUCCCACCUCACCGGAGCGCUUGCAGUUGCAGUCGCAGUUGCAGCAGCAGCAGCUGUUGACCAGUGCACCCUUGGACUCAAAUAGCCAAGCAAAUGCCAAAGUUUUUGAUGCAUUGUUUGGUCAUGUCGCUAGUGUAGCAGCGCAGCGUGGAGCCACUCUUCCGAUACCCGAUAGAGCAUUGACGACAACAGAUGUUCAGAUUGGAUGGCUACAGCUGUGCAUCGAUGCAGUUCUUGCAAGCGAGGCCUCCACAAGCGACGCUCCGUCAGCGUCUGCCGAACUAAGUGCCGUGGCAGACGAUUGCGAAAUCAAGUUGACGGAAGCAGAAACUUUUAGAUCAGAAUCGGAAUAUAAAACCGCGUUAGCGGAUCUUCGGUUUUCGUACGAAUACCUAGCCAAGGAGUAUGAAAUGUCGAGAAUCUCAACGUCAAAAUUGAUACAAACAUACAGAAGGAAAAUCGAGAGUCUCGAGAGCCAGAAUAAGCUCGGGUACAGAGCAAACCAGAGUCUGUCGACUGUUGAUUUAUUAUCGCCGUCCCACGAUAAAGACCAAGAAAUCUCAAGGCUACGGAGGGAGUUGAAUCUUUUAAAAGUCAACAAGACUGGCUCUUCGACUCCACCCGACACAGGCGGCGCAUCAACCCUCGUUUCAUCAUCAACCAACCAGGCUGAACACUCGACAAAUAUCUCACCGGUAACACGCGCUGGUCUUGGAGCUCCAUUCAGUAGUCUCAACGUGUCUCCCAGCGAUGAACAAGACGGCAGUUGGCUGUCGUCGCCCACGAAAGCAGUUUCUUCCAGAGGCGUGAGCAAUGACAUAUUGCGGAAAGAGUUUAAAAAAAUUGUCAAUGAGUUGCAAGACCAAUAUGAGAUGGACUUGACUGAAGAGAGAUUGAAAAGGAAGAAACUAGAAGAAGAGUUGGCUCGUUUGAAGGAGAGCAGCAGCUGA